CCCUCUCUGCGUCUCUCUCUCUCUCUCUCUCUCUCCCUCUCUCUCUCUCUCUCUCUCUCUCUCUCUCUCUCUCUCUCCCCCUCUCUCCCUCUCUCCCUCUCUGUCUUUGUGUCCUGCGGUGGGAUAAGUGCUGAGAGGAUGAGCCCCUGAUACAGCGCCGAACCUGAGUGACCUGACAGCUCAAACUAAUCUUAUCCAACCAAAGUGCAAUGCUGCCAGCUGAAUAUUAGCUCCAAGAAGCAGUGGAGAGCGUCCAGUGUCCUGCCACAAGAAAAACGUCUCAUCUGAUCUGGUUGAUCGGACACAGUUACUUGCCACGCUCUGACUGGCCCUUUCUCCCUUCAGACCCUGAAAUUCGUGUGGCAGCGGUGAGUGACCACAGCUCAGCCACAGCCCACCUUACAUGGAGACCCCGAGCUGGGCAGAAACCAAACCAGGAAACGGGCUGUGCAAAUCCGGAAGCAUUGCUCUCUUUGGAAACGUAGUUUACAGUGGGCUGCUGAACGAUCACUUCUGGCAUUUUGGGGUUCCCCUCGUCACAAGACUGGGUAACCAGGAGGCCCCAGCUCCUCCAGAGGCCAUGGCUCAGCCGUAUGCUCCAGCCCAGUACCCCCCUCCCCCGCCCCAGAACGGGCUGCCGGGCGAGUAUGCCCACCCAGGGCAGGAGUACACAGGGCCCAGCCCGGUGCCGGAGCACGCGGCUGCCCUCACCAUCUACACACCCACACAGACACACAGUGAGCCACCUGGCACUGACAGCAGCACGCCCUCCCUCACAGGGACCAGCAGCAUACCACAGGCAGACGAGGUGGCGCAGACGGAGGCCUCCCAGCAGCUUCAGCUCCAACCUUCAGACUCAUCGGAGAAGCAGCAGCCUAAGCGGUUGCAUGUCUCUAACAUUCCCUUCCGCUUCCGUGAUCCAGACCUGCGGCAAAUGUUCGGGCAAUUUGGGAAAAUUUUAGAUGUGGAAAUUAUUUUUAACGAGCGGGGCUCUAAGGGUUUCGGUUUUGUAACUUUUGAAACGAGUGCAGAUGCAGAUCGUGCACGGGAGAAACUAAAUGGUACAAUCGUAGAGGGACGCAAAAUCGAGGUAAAUAAUGCGACAGCAAGAGUAAUGACAAACAAAAAAGUGGCUAAUCCCUACACAAAUGGCUGGAAGCUGAACCCAGUGGUGGGAGCUGUCUAUGGUCCUGAAUUUUAUGCAGUUACGGGCUUCCCAUACCCAACCACAGGGGCCACGGUGGCAUAUAGGGGUGCCCACUUGAGGGGCCGGGGUCGUGCUGUUUAUAACACAUUCCGUGCUGCUCCUCCACCUCCUCCAAUCCCUGCUUAUGGAGCUGUGGUUUACCAGGAUGGUUUCUACGGUGCUGAGAUCUAUGGUGGCUAUGCAGCAUACAGGUAUGCCCAGCCAGCCGCAGCAGCUGCAGCAGCUUACAGUGACAGUUAUGGCAGAGUCUAUGCAACAGCAGACCCUUACCACCACACGAUUGGACCUGCAGCCACGUACAGCGUGGGCACUAUGUAAAUAAAAGUGAAAAGGAGGGACCAUAGAAGAGAUGGACAUCAGCUAAAAUAGUGGACGACAAGAAGGUAUAAGGAGGAGAAAAAAAAUACACGUUAAAAAAAAAAAAGAAAACACACAAAAAGAAGUUCAAAGGAUCCUUUCCACCGAGGCUGUGAGCUGAAGGCAUCGUACAGAAAUGGAGACGUUGUGAAUGACGCAGCCAGGUUGGGGAGAGAAGAGCUAGCUUUCACCUGGGACAGCCUGGCUGGGUGGAGGACAAGAGAAGAGCUCAUCAUAAAACUUUUUAUUUUUCUAAACUUUUUUAAGUUUAUGAUUUCAAAAAGAGUAAAAGAUGAGUGUAUAUAUAUAUAUCUAUAUAGCGAUAUAUGUAUGUAUAAAUAUGUUACAAAAAGACAAAUGUUUAAAAAAAAAAAUCAGCAGAGGUGAAUGAUGCAUCAAUGCAGUGCUUUUGGAGAGGGGGGUGGGGGGUGUUCAUCUGCCCCCCCCAGUAACACCCCCCACCCCCCUCUUGUUGCAGACCAGUUUGUCCUGCCCGUAAGACUGGGUGGGGUAAAGGGCACUGGGCAGGGGGGGCUGCAGCUCCUUUAGACACAAUUCCACACAGCCUGGCUUCAUGCGGAGCUCCAGCGCGUGCUACGGCUGUGUCUUCCAUCACUGACCUGCUGUCGUGGGUCAGCAGUGACAGUUAAUGCCUCGGUGGGCUAAGGCUAAGUUCCUGUUGAACUGCAUUACUUUCCAGGGGAAAAAAGGUCAUGGGCCUUUUAGUCAGUGUUGUUGGCCUGAAAGAAGCUUUUAUUCACUCCUCCGCCCUCCAUCUCUCAAAUGUCAGUAUGAUGGCUUAAAGCAGAUUUUAUAACUAGAUGUGAUAGUAAAAAAAAAAAAAAAAAAAAGUUUAAUUUUGAAUUUAAAUUUUGACUUUGCAGACAUAGGUCCACUGUACUAUAAUUAUCAUGUUUCAUGCCAAGUAUAACCCAGUGUUAAGAGGAGAUGAUAGGACUUUGAAAUUUGUUAUCUCUUAAAUGAAAGGAGAGAGGCAGGUGAAGUCAAGGUGCUGUAAAUAUACCAACAAAAGCCUGUCCACAAAAAAAAAGGAGUUAUAUAGGUCUUAUGUGGAGGUCUAUUACAAAUGAUAAAGGUCUUACAGAGGUCUGUUACAAAUGAUAAA